UGUUUUUUAUGUAAUUAGGAAUAAACUUUAGAAUGGAUCUCCAUCAGUUUCUUAUUGUUGCUUUUAAAAAUGAAGAAGAUGCUGUUGCAAUUUUGCCAGAAACAUUUAAUUAGUAAUGAACUUUGCUUUUGGCCACCAUAUACCUCACAAGGCAGUGUAAAUAAGGCUAUCAAAGAAUGUGAAACUCCUAAUGAAAAUUGGCCAAAACAUGCCAUUUAAGUUUUUAAAAAAAUAGGUUCCUACAACAAGGCACAAUGUCAACUUGAAAAAGCUACCAUAACAUCUGAUCUGCAGAGUGAUUCAGAAUCAAGUACUAGGCUACGUCCAAAGCGAGCAUUUUUAUAUCCUGAUGAGCACAGCGUUUUUUGUAGAAGAAUCUAUUCCAAUUUCUAAAAAAGUUAAAUUGUUGACACCAGCUCCGGUUACGCCAAAAAUAUUUUCCUCUGGAACAUCCAUGCAACUUACGCCAUCAAAAUCUGUAAACGCACAAAUGCUAACUCCACUACUUUUAUUCACGCCUCCUGUAAUAAAAUCUAAAAUAAAUCUUAUAGAUGAGGAGCAGAGAUCACAAGAAAUGUUGCAAUCGGCUGUGACAAACAAAAUAGUUUCAAUGUUAGUGGAACUCAAAGAGGAUGUGGCAAAUCUGAGAAAAGAGAUUGCAUACAACACAGCCAUGCUUCAGAAUAUUGCUAAUGGUAGAGUUCAUAAUGAUGACCAAAACAUUUUUGAUAUUCUUAAACUUCCUUUAUGCAAUAUGGCUCAGUUAUUGCAACUUGAAAAAACACUUGAAAAUGAAAAAAUAACAAUGAAAAAGCUUAUACGAGCAGUUGCUUCUAAAGGUGGGCAAAACUUAAAAAAGGCAGUGAAGAGAAUGUUGUUGUCAUUAUUACAUAAUGAUAUUCUCAAAAAACUAAAUUGGACAGGUCAGGGUGAUAAAGUCAAACAGUCUUUCCGUGAUUUGAAUUGCAGAAUAGUUAUCGAAGGCGCAUUGAAGCGAAAUCCCUCGACUUCACAAGCCACAGAAAGCGAUAUUCAAAAGGCGAUUGUACAUUUUUUGGCGGGAGCAAUCGAUAGAAAUGGUGGAAGGAAGGCGAGAGCCACAAGACUACUGGCUCUAAAAGCUACUGCAACCGAGAAAGUAUCUUGUUUUUUGAGGGUGAAAAAUAAAAUUUUUUCUACUUUACCAUCGACUUCCAAUUCAGAGGAAUCAAAUUAAAAUUUGUUAUUGUAAUAUGUUAGAUUGUAAAUAUGUUAGAUUGUAAAUAUGCUUAUAUUACUCAUUGAAUAUUAUAUUAUAUAAUAAUA